AUGUCUCACGAAGGCCAAGAAGAAUUGUUGGACUAUUCCGACUCCGAAGAAAUUGCCGUUACUUCAGCAGCCCCAGUUGUUGAAGGCGAAGGUACUACUGAAAAGGAAGCCGAUAAAAAGGGAUCUUAUGUUGGUAUCCAUGCUACUGGUUUCAGAGAUUUCCUUUUGAAGCCUGAGUUAUUGAGAGCCAUUGGUGAUUGUGGUUUUGAACAUCCAUCUGAAGUCCAACAAGUUUGUAUUCCUCAAUCUAUUUUGGGUACUGAUGUCUUGUGUCAAGCCAAGUCUGGUUUAGGUAAGACUGCUGUGUUUGUUUUAUCCACUUUACAACAAUUGGAACCAGUUGAUGGGGAGAUUUCAACAGUAGUUGUUUGUCACACCAGAGAAUUGGCUUACCAAAUCAAGAAUGAAUAUUCUAGAUUCUCCAAGUACAUGCCUGAUGUUAAGACGCAAGUUUUCUAUGGUGGUACUCCAAUUAAGAAGGACAUUGAAUUAUUGAAGAAUAAUGAAACUUGUCCUCAUAUCAUUGUUUCUACUCCUGGUAGAUUACAUGCUUUGGUCACUGAAAAGGCCAUUAGAUUGAACAAUGUCAAGUCCUUUGUUAUUGAUGAAUGUGAUAAGGUUUUGGAAUCCAUUGAUAUGAGACGUGAUGUCCAAGAUAUUUUCCGUAGCACUCCUCAUCAAAAGCAAGUUAUGAUGUUCAGUGCUACUUUGUCUACUGAGAUCCGUCCAGUGUGUAAGAAGUUUAUGGUUAACCCAUUGGAAAUCUUUGUUGAUGAUGACACGAAGUUGACAUUGCACGGGUUGCAACAAUAUUUCAUUAAAUUGGAAGAAUCAGAAAAGAACAGAAAGUUAUCUGACUUAUUGGACUCAUUGGAUUUCAACCAAGUUAUCAUUUUCGUUAGAACUACCCACAGAGCUGAAGAAUUGAACAAGUUAUUAUGUGCUUGUAACUUCCCAUCCAUUGCAGUUCACUCUGCCUUACCACAAAAGGAAAGAAUCGAAAGAUAUAAGUCUUUCAAGGAAUUCAACAAGCGUAUUUGUGUCUCCACUGAUGUGUUUGGUAGAGGUAUUGAUAUUGAAAGAAUCAACUUGGCUAUCAAUUACGAUAUGCCUCCAGAAGCUGACCAAUACUUACACAGAGUUGGCAGAGCUGGUAGAUUUGGUACUAAGGGGUUGGCUAUUUCCCUUGUUUCAAGUAAGGAAGAUGAAGAAGUUUUGGAAAAGAUUCAAAGCAGAUUCGAUGUUAAAAUCAGUGAGUUCCCUGAAGAAGGUGUUGAUCCUUCCACUUACAUGAACACUUAG